AUGUUUCACGUUAAAGUUUCACCAAUUACUAAAAUCAUUUCAUUAUCAGGAUUCUUAGCCUUAGGAUUCUUAUUAGUUAUAUUAAGUUGUGCAUUAUUCCGUAAUUAUUACCCAUUAUUUGAUAUUCUUAUAUUUUUAAUUGCACCACUACCAAAUUUAUUAUCACGUAAAUCUGAUUCCUUUGGUUCAAAUGGGAGCACCGAUUUUAUGUCCGAGUCUAAUAAUUCUAAUCAUGAUUUUGCCCAUUUUAUGACAGGUUUGUUUGUUUCAAGUGGUAUUCUGAUGCCAAUGAUUUUCCAGCAUUGCCAAAUUAUUACACCUGAGAGUUGUGCUAUGAGUGUUUUAGGUGGUUCAAUAAUAUACGCCAGUAUUGUUGUAUUUACAAGGUUUUUCAAUUCUUCUUGGGAUCAAGAAGAUGAUGCCCUUUUUGGCUAA